AUGAACACGCACGAUUCAGAUGUGCACACCAUCUCUCCGGAGCUGCCAGCGAUGUUUGAUGGCAUGAAGUUGGCGGCGGUGGCGACGGUCCUCUAUGUCAUUGUACGUUGCCUAAAUCUCAAGAGCCCCACUGCGCCCCCAGACCUGACCUAUCAAGAUACACCCCUCAACCACUUCUUGCUCAAGUCCUGUUCUCAGCUGACCAAAGAGUAUAUUCCUCCAUUGCUGUGGGGCAAGAGUGGUCACCUCCAAACAGCCUUAUAUGGGAAACUUGGUCGGGUGAGCUCACCUCAUCCCAGUGGGAUCAGGAAGUACUUGCCCAUGCAGGAUGGGGCCACUGCAACCUUUGACCUUUUUGAACCAGUAGGGGACCAUCGAACAAGAGAUGACAUCACCAUGGUGAUAUGCCCUGGUAUCGGUAACCACAGUGAGAAGCAUUAUAUCCGAACUUUUGUGGAUUACGCCCAGAAGGACGGUUACCGUUGCGCUGUGUUGAACCACCUCGGAGCUCUACCCAACAUUGAGCUCACUUCGCCCCGCAUGUUUACUUAUGGCUGCACAUGGGAGUUCGCUGCCAUGGUUGGGUACAUUAAGCGGGCAUAUCCUCAGACCCAUUUGAUAGUGGUGGGCUUCAGUCUGGGUGGAAACAUCGUUUGCAAGUUCCUGGGUGAGAACAUGUCCAACCAGGAACGAGUGCUUUGCUGUGUCAGCGUCUGUCAAGGUUACAGUGCUCUUCGGGCCCAGGAAACAUUCCUACAGUGGGAUCAGUUCAGGCGCUUUUAUAAUUUUCUCAUGGCUGACAACAUGAAGAAAAUAAUCCUUUCACACAGGCACAGUCUAUUUGGAGGAAACUCAGUUAAGAUGAUAGAAGGAGAUCUUGGUCGGCUAUACACUGCAACAUCGCUCAUGCAGAUCGACGACAACAUCAUGAGGAAAUUCCAUGGCCACAGCUCUCUCAAAGAGUAUUAUGAGAAAGAAAGUUGUGUACAUUAUAUUCACAAUGUAAAUGUACCGCUGCUGCUCGUGAAUGCUGCAGAUGAUCCUCUGGUCCAUGACUCACUCCUCAAAAUACCCCGCACGCUAGCAGGUAAGUAA